UCACUAAGCGGUUUGUUAUUACCAUCUCUAAUUGUCUUGUUAUUUCUGUAAAUUUUGUUAAUUAAUUAUGAAGAGAUAUAAGCAAAAACUGCGAGAAGUCUGGCUCCAAAUGCCAGAAUUUAGACAAUGGUUACGGCGAGACCCCGAGGACUCAUACAGAGCACGUUGUCGUUUUUGCAAAUGUGGAGUAAAUACAAAGAUAUGCGACUUGCGCGCUCAUGCGCUUACAAAGAAACACAAGAAAAUGCAUCCAGCAACUGAAGCAAAAAGAAUUGACUCGAGCAACGAUGAUGACUCUUCCUUGGACCACCACAUGGACUACAAGCCCAGAAAAGCUACAGAACCCAAGCGUUUGAAAAACCAUACUCGUGACAGUAAACCCGAUAUGAAAUUGUCUCCUGUUAAAACAGAGAAGAGCGCUAGUAAUGGACCAGAUUACGAGGCCAUUAUAGAGAGUCUAGCGCUAUAUGAACCAGAGCAGGUUUUGUUCUCCAAUGGGUCCACCACACAGUCUGACGAUCAAAUGGAAAAUCCUGCACCCACAGCACACGUAGAUGAGGAAAGCAUCACAAAUGCUGUCACUGUUGCCGUGAAAAAUCUUAAGGAUUCAUCGCAAAUAUUUGGGGACUUUGUUGCUGAUCGAUUGCGGCAAUUAUCGGUUGCAACAUCGGAAAAUACCAAGGACAAAAUAAUGCAAGUGCUUUUGGAAGCUGCUGCACUGGACAGGACGAUCAAUUGCAACUGACACGGCCUAGAUGUAUAUUAUAAGUGUAUAUGUAUAUUAAUUUGAAUAAAUAUCACAAUCAGCCUUAAGUACAACAGAA